AUGACUUCUUCCUGCAAUUACAGAAGCUGCUGGGUUUGUUUUGCUACUGAUGAGGAUGAUCGGACAGCAGAGUGGGUGAGACCUUGCAGGUGCAGGGGAUCCACGAAAUGGGUUCAUCAGACUUGUCUACAGCGCUGGGUGGAUGAAAAGCAGAGAGGAAACAGUACUGCUAGAGUUGCCUGUCCUCAGUGCAAUGCAGAAUAUUUAAUAGUCUUUCCAAAGCUAGGUCCAGUUGUUUACGUUUUGGAUCUUGCAGAUCGGCUGAUCUCAAAGGCCUGUCCGUUUGCUGCAGCUGGAAUAAUGGUGGGCUCUAUCUACUGGACAGCCGUUACCUACGGAGCUGUGACAGUGAUGCAGGUUGUGGGUCAUAAAGAAGGUCUCGAUGUCAUGGAGAGAGCUGAUCCUUUAUUUCUUCUGAUUGGACUUCCCACCAUCCCAGUCAUGCUGAUAUUGGGCAAGAUGAUUCGAUGGGAAGACUAUGUGCUCAGACUAUGGCGCAAAUAUUCUAAUAAACUACAGAUUUUGAACAGCAUCUUUCCAGGCAUUGGUUGCCCCGUUCCUCGUAUUCCAGCGGAGGCCAACCCUCUAGCAGAUCACGUCUCUGCUACUCGUAUCCUCUGUGGAGCUCUGGUGUUUCCCACUAUCGCCACGAUAGUUGGCAAGCUGAUGUUCAGCAGUGUUAAUUCAAAUUUACAAAGGACAAUCUUGGGUGGAAUUGCUUUUGUUGCUAUAAAAGGAGCUUUUAAAGUUUACUUCAAGCAGCAGCAAUAUUUGCGCCAAGCUCACCGCAAAAUUCUAAAUUAUCCUGAGCAAGAAGGAGCAUAAGGCUGUGACCGCUGGAUGUUGCACAGAUUCACCUAAGAUUUCCUUGUUGUAUUGAUUCCAUCAUCAUUGCACAGUAGUGGAGAAUUGUGAUAAGUUGCUGCUCGUAUUUUUUUCUUCUUU